AUGAAAAAAGUGGCCUCGUUUUUUUCCUCCCUUUGUCUUCUUAUCCUCCUCGCCUACGUGAACCAUGUGGAAUUGGUAGCAUGUGUUAGUAGAGCCCUCAGAACGGGCGCCGGGAAGAACGCAUGGACAGACCAAUGGAGACAUAGCAUGGAACCCCUGGGUGGGCACCAUCAAUCGAAGCAGCCUCAACAGAAGAAGCAACCUGAACAAACGAAGCAGCCUGAAGUGGCUGAUCAGAACACGAGCCAGGCAGCGAAGAAGGACACAUCUGAACGAAAUACACAAAACAAAAAGGGGCUCUACUCGUUCGUGUCACUCGAGUUCAUACCCUUCAUGGUGCACACACUAAUGCACGCGGGGGCUAAUCAAAACAAGCCCAGUGAAGUGGAAGAGAAGCACAUUUACAACUUUGAACAAAGUCCAACAGUGAGAUAUAUGCUCAUGGCUCAGGAGCGCCGUGAUAACUUCAUGUAUAUGUGUUUUCUCGUCGUAUCUUUUAUCGUGAUCAUGUUAAUUGCAAUUUUUAUUUUAAAAUUUUUUUUCAACCUUUGA